UGCCAAAGGCGCAUCCACCCGGCAGCUCGGCACAUGCACUGCUCGUCAUGAACUAGCUAGAUCCAGGCAAGGCAAGACAAGGCAAGACAAGGCAAUGAUCAGCAGCAGCCGUCGUGAUGAGAUCGCAUUCUCCUCCCAGGACUAUAACAACCACUAUCAGCCCCAACUUUUAUCUGCGCGACAACAAUGACGACGACCAACAAUACACCCUCGACACUGCGAACGACGCCGCAGCUCCCAGCCAGCAAGGAUUGCUCUUUUUCAAGACACUCUACUUUUUGGAAGGCUUUAGUGCCACCAAUUUUGGUCGAUUCGCCGUGCUGUACUUUUCCAAAGAAAAGAAUUUAUCAUUAACGGAGAUUGGUACCAUUCAAGGCGUGACGCCGUUUGCCGCGUUGGGCGCACAAGUCUUUUGGGGAUGGCUCGCCGACGAAAUUCAAAGUCGCAAGACCGUCAUGGUGAUUUGCAAGUUCUUUAGUACCGUCUUGCUCAUGUCGCUGGCGUUUCCGUUUGUGGAGAGUUUUACGACGAUUUUCAUUCUUUCCGCGGCCAUUUCGGCCUUUCGAUCGACGCCCGUGUUGGAUGCGCACACCAUGGACUUGUUGGGACCUCCACAUGCCACCAUGUACGGGACCAUUCGCAUGUGGUCGGCCAUUAGUAUGGCAUUGGGGGCCGUGGCGGUGGGACAAAUGACAGACUUUUACGGAUUCGCCAUGGACUUUUUCCUCUACGGAUCCAUGAUGACACUCCAACUCGUCGCAUUGCUCGCGGGAUUGCCCAAACGCACCGAUUCGGAGCACGAAAUCUACCAGCAAUUACUCCAUCAACACAAAGAACACGAUGCCAAAGAGAUUGAACCAGAUGACAAUGAUGACACUGUCGUAGAAGCAUCGGUGGAACCACAUCAGUAUAAUGCACUCGGUGAUACCCUGAUGCGAGCAUCGGUCAUUUACUGGCUCUCGGAAGUUUCCAUCUUGUGGGCGGGAAUGUCCAUUGUCGAUAGCUUUCUAUUCGUCUACAUGCAACAAGACUUGCAAGCAUCCACGUUGCUCUGUGGAUACACAGUAGGCGUCACAGUCCUUUGCGCUUUGCCCAUUUUCCACUACUCCAAAGAAUUGUUGGAAUGGCUCGGACACGACAUGAUCCUAAUGCUUUCUAUGGCAUCCUUCUCCACACGUGUGGUGGGAUACUCCUACUUGACACCCGACACGGUGCAAUGGAUCUUGUUGCUGGAGAUACUGGAAGGCGUCACGGCUUCUUGCGUCCCCAUCAUCAUGGUCGAUUAUGCCGAUUGUAUUGCUCCCAAGGGAUGGUCGACCACGAUUCAAUCCACGGUCAAUGCCGUCAUUGUUCGGAUUGGAGGAGGAGUGGGACCUCUCAUUGCCGGGGCUGUCAUGGACGCCUACGGCGGACGAGCCAUGUUUCAAGGACUGGGCAUUCUGGCCGGAUUGCUGCUUUACCUGCACUUGACUGUCAUGGCGAUUGGUGGAGUGGCACAUGACAAGUUCCUAUACAAUCUGCAAGAAGAACGGAUGGAAAAAGCUCGUGGAGGCGGAAGGAAACUGCUAACUACAGUCUAACGAGGCGGUAGAGGCCUGAGCGAGGAGAAGGGACGAUAGGUAUCAUUGACAAACGGGCUCUUUUAUGGCCAAGUAAUCUUGGCGUGGAAGCGUGUCUUGACGGCAAGAAGGCAGUGGGUGCGAUCGAGUUGCCUCGUCAAUCUAUAGAUACGGGCUUGGAACAUGGCAUGGAUCAGUUGCA